UGUAUGGCCAGGGCCGUCGGACCCCAACCAGACUCGAGUAGUCCGUCCAUCCAUCCAUCAAUCACUCUUUUCUCCGUGGCCUGCCUCGUCGUCCUCUGCUUCUUCUUCUUCUUCCUCUCCCGCUCCUCUCUCUCCGCACUAACUAACAAAUACGAUAUUUGCGGCGUGGAGGAUCCGAACCGAAGCAGAUGCUGGGACCCAACGCUUGGCCGUUGUAGCUCGUGGGCACUUGGCCAGGGGGUCACGUCAUCGCUGGUCCCUUCAAACGAGACACUCACACACACACACACAGGGAGAGAGCUCAGGGACGAAUAAACACUUUUACUGAACGAACGAUAUCAGCGACAGCGAAGAGCCAUCGCCGACAAGGGGCCGCCAUUACCAUGUGCGAACAAGGUACAUACUACACAGACGCCCAUGCCUACCACCACUACAGCCAUGUACGGGCAGUAUGUACACACCGACCACCCACCCACCUGACAUUACAUGCGCCGCCCAUGUACCGCCGACAUGGCGUCGUUGCGUUUCGAUACAUGCUGCUCCCGACGCCGCGGUCACGUCCACGUGUGGGGCGCACCUAGCCCCCAAACGUUCUUCUGCCAUCCCAUUACUAACAGAGUUCAAUCGUGUUGAUCAAUUGUCCCAUGCAUACACUACUGCCAGCUAUCCCACAAUGACAGCAAUAGCUCCC